AUGCCCAACAACGCUGCAGGAGCUGCACCGGCAACCCCAUCUUCGGUCCCAGCAAAGGCUCGAGUGUCGUGCUCGCGCUGCCACAGGAGGAAGAAGAGGUGCGACAGAUUGUUGCCGUCAUGCAGGAAUUGUGUGUCGGCGCGGAUGAGAUGUAGCUUCGAAGACGAUGAUCUCCAAACCGCUUCGUACCCCAUAGUGUAUGUCCAGGGCCUGGAGGAAAAGCUUCGCCGUCUAAAUAGGGCUGCGGCUGUUGAAGAGCAGAACGCGCCCAACGCCGCAGAGAGCACGGCUGUCUUGAACAACAGUCACCCCUAUAGUGACUUUGGGGCGCUAGAGACAGCAACGGUGGACCAAGAAUGUAGCUCCCAAGGCAUUCACGGAAGCGAAGUAGCAAACGCACCCACUAUUGCCGAGAACGCCGCCCCGAUACAAGACCCUCUUGUCAGCUCACGGCCCGCGUCAAACCAGACCUCGACAUUUGGCCAGCAACUAACAGCACUCUCAUUAGAAGCUAUUGCAGAACGACACUUGGGAUCGACCACGGGCCUAUCAUUUGCAGAGCUGACCCAGAUGGUCCUACGUCGUUUGACGCCAGACAAGGCGGACUUUGUAUUCGACAGCCAUCAAGACGACACUACGGGAAACAAUCUCUCGGACCCCAGCUUCUCCUCAGAGCCCUUCAAUGACUCUUUCUUCCAGAGCUUAAGUGAAUCCAUCUCCAUCCAUCCCCUACUGUUUGGUGACCUCUUCCUCGCCGAAUUUGCCGGGUCCGGAGCCACUCUUGACUCUCUGGUCUGGCCAACCGAUGAGACAUAUGUUCGGCGGCUGGUGGAUUUCUAUUUUGCUCACUCCCAUACCCUGUAUCCCAUUCUGAAGCGGUCCGAGGUCAUGGACACGUUCGAAAGGAUCCAUCAAAAUCCUCAGAGCUUGGCCACACUAUCUCCCCUCGACGUCUUCAGAAUCUGGAUGGUCCUAGCCAUUGGCUCCACCGCUUACUCUUCCGUCACUCUGGCUGAGGAGUCGGAAUCAAUGAUGUUCUACAACAACGCCCUGCAGUAUUCCGAGCAAGCUUUGGGAGGCGACGAGAUGUCUGCCUUGGAGGCCAUAAUGCUCCAAGUCUCUUAUUCCUUUUUCAACCGGCUAGGUCCUACUGCCCGUCUGGCUUUAGGAAUGGGGCUCCACGCGGCCUCCUCAUAUCAUAGAUUCCCUUUUGAUGUGCAACAAAGACGCAAGCGCAUCUUUUUUUCAAUAUAUAUGAUGGAUCGCGUUGUUUCUAUUACUUUGGGCCGACCGUUCGCACUUCAUGAUGACGAUAUAGAUGUAACGCCAUUUGAAAAUGCCGAUGAAGAGUUUAUACGCGCGGACUCCAUGAGCCCCCAAAACCCCCUUCAGCCAUCCCUGAUGGCCGUUCCGCUGCACAUUCUGUCGCUGCGAAGAAUCGCGGGCAAGAUUUCGCGGCAAGUCUACGGGAAUUCUAAGAACUCAAACUUGACUUUACAAGAACGUGAGGCAAUAAUAGUUUCAUUACACCAAGAACUGCUCGACUGGCGCCGGAGCAUGCCCUUUCCGCUCCCCGACGUACACGAUAGAGUGCCACAUCUCAACACAACGUGGUACGACUUCAACUACUAUACCCACCUCGCCAUGAUCUACAGACCAUCUCCGCUAUUCCCCGUUUCAGACCUAAAGCGGAUCAAGAUGCUGGAGACGGCAGCGUCAAUGUCACUUCGCCAAGCAUUCAGCAUGCAUCAGCAACAACGAUUUGCCUACAACUGGUUGAAUUUCCUAGCCCUCUUCACGGCGACUCUAUCACUAGUCUAUGCAAUCACGGCUCAACCUGAUGACCUCAGCGCAGUCUUGAGAGACACGCGAGCUAUCGCCGACCUCGACCUCGUAACACAGCUUUUCGAGACCCUCGGACUAAAGUUUGUGGCAGCGAAGAAGAUUCAGGGAAUGAUCGCCGAUAUAUCUCGGCGAUAUAAAGAGGUUCGUGCCUCGAAGGAUAUGGAGCCCAAUAUGGGAUAUCAGGGGUGA